AUGACAAGUUCUUCAACAGGCUCAUGUCCAAAGAAAAUUCAACGGCCAACUCUUCUUGCAGGGUCUACUACGGCGGAGCUUCCGGUGCCGUUCCCUUCACGUGGGAAUCUCACCCCGGAACCCCCAAACACCCUUACUCCGACGCGGAUCAGCUAUUUUUCAUGCUCGAGGUCGCCGGUUCAUAACUGCAUGGAUGAUGAUGAUGAUGAUGAAGGUGAAGGGCUUGGAUCACCAACUUCGACAUUGUGUUUUGGGGUUAAACCAAAGAAUCUGAAUGGGUUUAAAGGAUGUCAGUCGAUGAUGAACGUAAAGAAAGAGUUGCUUGCAAUGAUGAAUGAUUUUUCAUCGAUGAACAGUUUGUUCAAACUCAUUAAAAUCCGAUGCAUGCUGAAUUUCUCUGGUUCAGCAUACGCCACCGGAAGUUUAUCUUGCCCUGAUCCAAAUUCGGGUAGUACUUUUACCCCUGUAUCAUUACCAAGUAGAAGGAACAAGUCAACUGUGACUACACCAGCAAACGAGAAACCAUUGACUGAUACUGAAGAUGAUUUGAAAAAGAGAAUAAGUUUCCUCAGUGGAUUUAUGGUGGCUUUCAAGGAACAAAUUCACACUGAUAUCAAGCUUGAGCCUAACGAUGGGCCCUCCAUAUCAGCACACAAAUCUCUACUGGCAGCAAGAUCAGAAAUCUUUAAAAACAUAUUAAGCUCGGACAACUACAAGGCUCCACCGAGUAAUACUGAUACGAUCACUCUACCGGAGUUAAACACCGAAGAGCUCAAGUCCCUCCUAGAGUUUCUUUACACUGGGGAUUUGCCUGAGGAUAAGUUUAAGAGGCAUGUUUUCACAUUAUAUGUUGCAGCUGAUAAGUAUGAGAUUCUGUAUUUACAAGAGUCGUGCGAGCGUUACAUGAUGAAUUCCUUGAACGAGUCGAACGCUCUCGAUAUCCUAGAGAUCUCAGAUUCACAUCCGAAUAAGAAGCUGAAGGAUACAACUCUGAAUUUCAUCGUGCGGAACAUGAAGAGCAUAGUUUCCUCGCAGAAAUAUGAAGUUUUCGCUUCCAGCAAUCCACAUCUCAGUGUUGAGAUUACAAGGGCGUUUGUUGAUGCCAGAAUUUGAGCUUGCUAUUGAUGGAAGAAACGGGGAUGGUGAUGAUAAAUGCCAUUGGAUGCAAUGAUAAGGAGAACUUUUGGAACACAUUAAUAAAUGGCUGUACUAGUAGGCAAGUGUAUAUAUAUAUAUGCAUACGCAUUAUGGAAUGUAUGUGGUAUUUCUUAAAUGUACUCAAACUUAUACUAUGCUUAAAAGGAGUUAAGAGGGGUAAAAAUCCACUCUAUGGAUGGUUGUAAUGU